AACUUCCUCGUUAGAAAAAAUCAAUCAAACAGUUUGCAAAAAUUAAAAUCAAAAACUAGAAAACAAACCUCGAAAUGGCGAAUCGAUCCAGGGUUAUUACCAUGUCUCCUCUCGUUCUCAACCACGAAGACGAUCUCGAUCUCGAUCUCUGGGAAGUUGUUAACCCCUCCGACGGCGAGUACUCCGACGAUUCCUUCUCCGUCGAUAGUCUUUCUGACGAUGACGUCAUAUCUCUCGACGACGCUGCUUCCUUCGUCAUUUCUUCUCCGCCUCAGAUUCUCCCCGUGACUGACGGUGUUGAACUCCCCGCGGAUCUGGAUCUCGAUGGUGCUGGCGAUAACGACGACGAUGCUGAUGGCGAUGUCGUUCGCGAUCAAGUAGUGGCUGAUAAGGACCUCCGAUGGGCUCAGCGGCGGAUUUUGCUUCUCCGCCGGGGCUCUACCUGCUCGUUUGGUAUUACGUUGGGAGAUUACGCUAAUCACGGUGGUUGUUACGAUGACGGCGGCGACGACGACCGUGACGGAGAAUACGACGAUUCGUAUGAUCUCGACGAGGAGCUGGUGCCGCGUAGCGUGUGUAAGAAGCUGGGGAGGCAGAGGAUGAGGAAGCUCGGGAAACGAGCGAUCGCCAAGGUCUUGACCUCGAAGACGAAGACGAUGUCGUCUCCGUAUUCGCACUUGAAGCCUGGUUGCAUCCGCGGGAAGAAUGGUCUCGGCCUCAAGUUCAAAUGCUGAUCCAUCGAUUCCAAGUUGCUUUCUUCAAUAAUCAAAGAACCAUAGUCUUAGUCAUGGAUGGUUUUAGUACGGUCCGCUUUAGAUUUCAUCAAUUUCUCAUGGGUUUAUUGAUGUGUAAAUGGUAGUUCAAUUGCUUUGUCCUUUUAAUUCUAAGUAAAUCCGAUUCCUCUGAAUAUUUCAUUGUACAUGAAUCACAUCUUUUAUCAGAGGUAACGAUGUUAAUCA